AUGUUGGUCGCCGAGGAGAAACCUCCCGCCCACAAGAAGACACGCAUCCUCUCUGUGGUUGCUGCCACUACUAUCGCACUUGCUUGCGGGACAAACUACGCCUACUCAGCAUGGGCACCCCAGUUUGCCGAGAAGCUCCAACUGUCCGCUACUGAGAGUAAUGUCGUCGGAACCGCUGCGAACCUCGGUAUGUACGUGUCAGGCAUACCGAUGGGCUUCAUAACGGACAAGAAAAGUCCACGUCUGGCUGCUGUGAUUGGCACGUUCGCUUUGUUCGUUGCCUAUGACGGUGGACCUGGACACAUGAGCCUGGCGUUGAUAUCUUUUUGUUCUUUCUUGAGUGGUGUUGGCAGUUGUGCUGCUUUCUCGGGUGCUUUGAAGACCGCAACACUCAACUGGCCAACACACCGCGGGUCGGCGACUGCUUUUCCACUGGCUGCUUUCGGCUUGAGCGCAUUCUUCUAUACCCUGAUAGCUGGCAUUGCCUUUCCCGGAAACACUUCUAGCCUGCUCAUGAUGCUAUCACUGGCUACCUCCUUUCUUGUCUUGGUCUCUGUCCCCUUUCUCAUCGUGGUGGAUCACAAGACCGGUACAGGCUACGCCAUCCUUCCUACUAGCGAACGCCAACGAAGAGAUUCCAACGUCUUACACAAGACGAGAUCGAAUCGCAGCAAGUACAGUGCAGCUGGUAUGCAAGAACCCACCACAGCAGACGAAGAAGUACCCGGCCCGUCGGCCGAGACUUCCUCCCUCUUGUCUGAGCCUGGAGACAUUAUAGACGAUGUGUCCAACGAAGACGACGUCACUGGCAAGAAAGGGACUCACUCCCGUGCAGAUAUCACCGGCGUAGCGCUACUCUAUAAAUCCGAGUUCUGGCAACUAUGGAUACUCAUGGGCCUUCUUACCGGCGUUGGAUUGAUGACCAUCAACAAUAUCGGCCACAACGUCCAAGCACUCUGGACGCACUUCGACGCUACCGCCUCCAAAGAAACAGUAGCCGUCCACCAACUCCGCCACGUCUCCACAAUCUCUCUCUUCUCCUUCCUCGGCCGUCUCAGUUCUGGUAUCGGCUCAGACAUGCUCGUGAAACGCUUCUCCGCCUCGCGCUUCCUUUGCGCUGCCUUCUCCGCCCUCAUCUUCUCCCUCGCCCAAAUCGCAGCCAUCCGCAUCUCAGAUCCGCACGACCUACGCCUCGUCUCGGGGCUCUCCGGCCUCGCCUAUGGUGUCCUUUUUGGUGUUUUCCCUGCCCUCGUGGUCGAUGCGUUUGGGCCGUUGGGGUUUGCGGUCAAUUGGGGUUGCAUGACGCUGGCACCGGUGGUUAGUGGAAAUGUGUUCAAUUUGUUUUAUGGCGCCGUGUUUGAUGCGCAUUCGGUGGUAGAGCUGAGUGGGGAGCAAGGCUGUGAGGAAGGUGUUGCGUGCUAUAGAGCUGCGUAUUGGGUCACGCUUGCGUCGUCUGUGCUUGGUCUUGCCGCCUGCUUUUGGGGCAUGUAUGGGGAGAGGCGGAGGAAGCGGAAGGGAAGUGGGGGGGUUGGAGGACAUGAGCGGGAUGCCUAG